CCCUAAUGUCCUGCUAACUCUCCCCCCUCUCUUUCCCCACCAGUUGCUUGCCGCCACCGGGUCUUGCAACGAGAGGGUCUUAUCCCGCAACCAGAAAGACAGGGAGAUCGACAGUACCAGACAUUCCAGUCCGUGGAUGGUAUUCAUUCUUUGCUUCCGGCUAUGUCUUCACAAUGGCUUCGGCCCCGGACGACGGCUUGUUCUAUUGCCCUCGAGGAUCAAUUCGGGCCCAUAGUCAGUGACCAGUGUGCAUCGGGCUUCGACUUCACCUGGUACUUUGAGUCAGCGAUCUUGACUCUCCCGGUGAAUGUCUUCUUUCUGCUCGCAGCUCUACCCCGGAUUGUGUACCUACGCCGGGAGCCCAUCAAGAUUAAGGGGGGUUAUGCGGGGGUGGUCAAGUUGAUCGGUUAUGCCCUCCUGGCAAUUCUCCAAGCAACGCUCAUCGGGCUCUGGGCGUUACCUUCAGGGGUGACCACUCGGGCCACGAUCGGCACGGCGGUGGUCACUUUGGUGACAUACAUCGUGCUGGGGAUUCUGUCUCAGUAUGAACAUUGGCGCACCAUCAAACCGUCCACGAUCAACAGUGGCUAUUUGUUUCUCUCCUCGCUGCUCUCCCUCGCUGAAGCCCGGACUCUAUACUAUGUCUCGGCCCACCACCGCGCCAUUCCCAUCAUUUACAGUGUCAAUCUAGGCCUUCGGGUGGUCGUCUGCAUUCUGGAGUCCCUCCCGAAAAACUCGAUCCUCAAACGCGACUACGAAGAUCUGCCCCCAGAGACCGCGACUGGUGUGCUCGGCCGGAGCCUGUUUACCUGGAUCAACCCUCUCUUAUUCUUAGGAAACCGGACCGACCUUACGAUCGCCUCACUCCCAGCGCUCGAAGAGGAACUCUGUGCCAGGGGCGCCGGACCGACCGGGUUGGAGAAGCGCUGGCGAAAGGGAGUCAACUAUCAGAAUCGACCGCAUAGUUUGCUCUGGGCGUCGCUGCGGUACUAUGCCUGGCCCAUUCUGCUAGGAGUCUUACCGCGGGCCUUGCAGAUCGGCCUCACCUUCGCGCAGCCGUUUCUCGUCGAAACCAUGGUGACUUGGGUGGACUUAGACGACGAAUCCUACACCAUGAGCCAGGGAUACGGGCUGAUCGGGGCCUUCGCGCUCACCUACAUUGGGAUUGCCGUGUCGACCGCUCUCGCUCAGCACCAGGCCUACCGGGUGGUCUCCAUGAUGCGGGCCAGCAUGAUCGAUAUGAUGUUCGGUCAUAUCAUGGUCAUGCGGGACAGCGAAAUCGAAUCGAGCGCCCCGGUGACCCUGAUGAACGCGGAUAUUGAGCGUAUCUCCAGUGGGCUGCGGUAUAUCCACGAUGUCUGGGCGUGUAUCGUAGAGAUUCCGAUAGCUCUUUGGCUGCUGUGGCAGCAGCUGGGGAUUGCGAGUAUUGCCCCCAUUGUGGUGGUGGUUGUGUGCAUGUUGCUGUGCGUGUUGAUAUCAGCUCUGGCUGGACCGCGACAAGAGGUCUGGCUGCAGGCCAUUGAGAAGCGCGUGGACAUUACGGCGCAGGUGCUGGGCUCGAUGAAGGGGGUCCGCACCGCCGGAUUGACGGACAAGAUCUACAACAUCGUGCAGAACAUGCGUUCGGACGAGGUGAAGCUGUCUGAGCGAUUCCGUCGUCUGUUGAUUCUGGUGGUCGGCGUGGCAUACAGCAACGUGUCCAUCUCCCCGCUGGCCUCGUUUCUAAUCUACUCCCUGAACGCCCGCCACAGCAACGGCACCGAGACCCUUACGCCGGCGCGGGCCUUCACCUCGCUCACCCUCUUCACCCUCCUGUCCACGCCAAUCUCUAACCUAGUCGAAGCCGUGACCGGUAUCGCCACUGCCGUCGGCUCCAUCAAGCGCAUCAACCUCUUCCUCCAGUCGCAACCCCGCGACGACGAUGCCCAGAAACCCCACCUCCCCACCAUGGCGGCCAGCACGCUAAGCACCCUCACCUCGCACUACUCCGAGAAGCCCGGCUGGAAGGAGAAGGAGAUGGAGAUGACCCCUAUUUUCCCGGCCAGCGUCUCCAGUCGCGAGGCCCUGCCCCCCUACGAGCUUCCUUCGUCACCCGGGGGACUGGCGUGCCGGGCUGAUGCUCGCAGUGCGGGCUGGGAGGAGGGCAAACCGACUGUGAUCAACGAAGCCAGCUUCACCAUCCGUCGCGGGACGCUCAAUAUGAUCGUCGGGCCGGUGGGCUGUGGCAAGUCGACUUUCGUGCGAAUGUUACUGCGCGAGACCCCCGUCGCUACCGGCACGCUGCAGAUUGAGACCAGUGCUAUCGCGUACUGUGCGCAAGUGCCCUGGCUGACAAACCGGAGUAUGCAGGAGAAUAUCCUGGGCGAGUCGUUGUUUGAUCUUGACUGGUAUAACACCGUCGUGCAGGCGUGUGCCCUAGAAGAGGAUAUUCUCGAUUUGCCCAAUAGGGAUAUGGGGUCGUUGGGGUCCGGGGCGACGAAGCUGAGUGGAGGACAGAAACAGCGUGUGGCUCUGGCGCGUGCGGUCUACUCACGCGCGGAGUUGAUCAUUCUGGACGAUGCGUUCAGCGGACUCGAUCGUACGACAGAAGAGACUAUCUUCCGAGCGCUUUUGGCCCCUGGAGGCUUGUUGCGGCGGAUGGAGACGACGAUUGUGAUGACGAGUAGUAGUGCUUCGAACCUCUCAGUGGCCGAUCACAUCAUCGCCCUGUCAAAAUCAGGUACCAUCCUCGAACAGGGGUCUUACAAGGAGCUGCUCGACCGCUCCGAGAGCUAUAUUCAAAGUCUGUCCGUGUCCGAGGGGAAAAAACGCGUGAUCGGUGACGAGGAGCAACAGCAGCAGCACCAACAGCAACAGGAUACCACCGCGGUCGUUGAGCAGGUCACCACGAAGACCAAGGCGCGGCCUCUUUCACUCGCCACGUUGAAUCUCGAAGCGCCGCUUCCUAUGGAUGGGCGACGCACGGGGGAUAUGUCGGUGUAUUGGUACUAUAUGCGAGUGUUGGGGUUCUGGCGCUCGUUGGUGUUUGUCUUCCUCAUCUGUUGCUAUGUCGUUGGAAUCACCUUCCCUUCGAUCUGGGUGGAAUGGUGGACGUCGUCGAAUAUGAAGCAUCCCAACUCACAGCUCGGUUACUGGCUGGGCGUCUAUGGGUGGAUCGCGGUGAUGGCGGUUUCCACGCUUGUUCUGGCAUGUUGGCAUUUGAUGUCGAACUUGGUGGCUCGUGCUGCUAGGGGGUUGCAUGCUCAGCUUUUGAAGAGUGUUCUGGAUUCCCCGAUGUCUUUCUUUCAUACCACUGAUGUGGGACAUACGACUAACCGAUUCAGUCAGGACCUCCAGUUGAUUGACAUGGAGCUCCCUCUGGCCGUUCUGAAUACCAUUCUCACCUUCUUCACCUGUGUGGCUCAGGUGGUUGUGGUGUGUGUCUCCACCAGCUAUAUCGCCGCCACUGUUCCGGCUUGUCUGCUGGCAUUCUACUUCGUCCAACGGUUCUAUCUCCGCACCUCGCGGCAGAUCCGGUAUCUGGAUAUUGAGGCCAAAGCGCCUCUGAUCACUCACUUUCUCGAGACCCUCAGCGGGCUCACCACGAUCCGCAGUUUCCACUGGGAAACUGAGUACCGCAAACAGAACGCUGAGCUGAUCAACUCCAGCCAGAAGCCGUUCUACCUGCUCUUUGCCAUUCAGCGCUGGCUGGAAUUGGUGAUUGCGCUGCUAGUGGCCGGGUUCGCUGUCGUGCUGGUGGCCGUUGCAGUCGCCACCCGGGGGAGACUCAGUGCCGGGUUCAUUGGUGUUGCCCUGUUGAAUAUCGUGACGUUCACCGAGAACCUGCAGGGACUGAUCAUGCAGUGGACUGUGCUGGAGACAUCGAUUGGAGCCGUGUCGCGCGUCCGACACUUCCAACGCACCGUGGAAUCGGAGCAUCUGGACUGCGAAUCAUUCGUUCCCCCAGCCGCAUGGCCUGAACACGGAGCAAUCGAGAUCAACGAUCUUGUAGCCUCAUACAAAAGCUCCACCAGCCGCGCCCUCGACCACAUCUCCCUCUCCAUCCGCCCCGGCACGAAAGUCGGCAUUUGCGGACGCAGUGGAAGUGGCAAAUCCUCCCUCAUCUCCUCCCUCUUCCGCCUCAUCGAACUCUCGAAUGGCACUAUCACCAUCGACGGCCAAGACAUCACCACCCUCCGCCGCAACGACCUCCGCGCUCAACUCAACUGCAUCCCCCAAGAACCCUUCUUGCUACCGUCGUGCUCCGUCCGUCUAAACAUCGACCCCGGAAACAGCAGCAUUCAAGACGAGAUUCUAAUUGACGCCCUCAAGAAAGUCCAGGUCUGGGACGUGGUCGACGCCCUCGGCGGGCUAGACGCUACCAUUACCCCCGACAGCUUCUCGCCGGGACAGAAGCAAUUACUGUGUUUUGCGAGAGCGAUGGUUCGCUCCGAAGGGAAGAUUUUGAUUUUGGAUGAGGCGACGAGCAGUAUCGAUACGCAAACCGAUGAGAUCAUGCAAGGCCUGAUCAGGACGGAGUUCGCGUCGCAUACGGUCAUCGCGAUUGCGCAUCGACUAGAGACGAUUGUCGAUUUCGACGAGGUGAUUGUUAUGGAAGCGGGUCAGGUCAAGGAGCAGGGCAAUCCGCAGAAGCUGUUGGAGGAGAAAGGGGCUUUUGCGGAGUUGUAUUGGGAUUCGGGACGGGGUUCGAGUCGGACGCCGAUGCAGUUUUAGUUCUAUGAUUGAUUUGGGGGGUUUCUUUGAAGGAGGAAUUGGUUCGUUUGUGGUUUCCUGGUCUCUGGGGUUUUCCAACGAGUAUUCUUUUUAUAUUUAUUUCCUAUUAAUUGGUUCGUGGUCUUUGGUUGUGGUGGGUGGCGCUGAGCUUGUUACGUAUCAAUAUCCUUUCGAUUGUAUAUUUUAGGGCUUGUUGCGACUCUGGAGGAUCUUGGGGGAUGGAGGGUGAAUUUGGGUUGGUAGUAUUUGUGUUAAUGGCAUGAGUUGUGGGUUGAGGAUAGCAUAUUGGAGAGCAG